GUAGAGAGGUGUAAGCAAAACCACAUCGACGAGCAGAACCGUUCUUUUUUUACUAUUUAAGUAAGCGCAAUGACUUCAGAGCUUGAUGAGGAAAAUAAUCCUGGCGGAAGGUGUUUACAGGGGAACUGGGUUGAGGAGAGGGCUACUGCAUUGCUGGACAGGACCGGGCCUAGAUCACGUGUUCAUAAGCACGGACACACGGGGAUUCUUACCGUGGACGUGACUGCUAAAGCUCAGCGGAUCAGCACGUUCAAAGCUGCUUUUAUCUCUCCUAAAAACCCCGGGGUGCGACAGAAAGGAAGCCGGGCUGAACUUUUGGAAAAUGACCUCAUCAAAAGAAUAAGCGAUCAGAUACAUGCAGAGAUGAACGCAGAGCCUCCAGCCCCGGAGCUGUGCUCUGUGUCCAAAGCAGACUACAAGGCGCAGGGUUUUAAGUCUGUCCGUGCACAACUGACCACGGAUCACGAUUACAAAGCCGAGCAGGCCGUCACAUUUUGGAGUGAUAACUAUCAGAAGAUUCAGGGCGUGACAGCAGUUAAAACCAAGAAUCGUCCGUUUCAAAGAAAUGCCGCUUUUAGUACACCGAUCGGUGAACAACUAGACCAGCUUGACAAUAGAGUGCUGUAUCCAUCAGAAAAUGACGCUUUGUGACGAAGCCAAAGGAGAAGACUGCAGCCUUUUUCUCUCAGAAAGUUGAGAGCUCUAACCAUUCGCCGGUGCUCUGUUUCUUUGGUUGAGGAUGGCUUACUUUCACACAGCUGUGCUGUCAGUCAGAGCAUUCCUCUUUCAUGCUUUCAGCAGGGAUUAACAUCGGGUAACUAUGGCAACAAGUAAUUUUAGACUUCAUUAAUUCAGUGUUUCCCCUUGUUUUCACUAAAUUUGUUUUCUCAAGGAACUUAACGGAAAGUUUUUGAAUCGGCUCAAUUUCUAAACAAUUUAAUUUGCAGCCAUCAAAUAGUGAUUUUGACUUUUAGUUAAGCAACUAACAAUUGUUUUUUGUGGUUUUUUUUUUUUUUUUUUUUUUUUUUUUGUUGUAAUGAACCAUAAUUAUAAAUUGAAUGCUACAAUUAUAUUUCAUAAAGCUCUGGCCAAGCAUGUUUGUUACUGAGUAUAUCAGCGCAAAGCUUUGGAGGAUGACCUCUUGGCAACAGGACUGCGUGUGACAUAGCUGCUAGUGGGCGGUAAUUAAGAAUCAUGGGGGCGAGAAGAAGCUGUGAACAUGAGAGCGUGCGCGCACACACACACACACACACACACACACAGAGAUACAGUCCACUAAAGGCACAGAUGCCAAAUGGAUUCUUAAUGAUGAGACUACGACGUCAUCCCUAUUUACCACCAAACUGUUGAGUGAGCAGUAAUGAUCAGGGAGUUCUUUAACGGGCAGACAGUGUAUGGUUUCAAAUAGAAAGUAAAAUUUAAUGCUUUACAAUAUAGAAAUGUUGUCCAUCAGCUGGCAGCUCUUUCUGUCAUUAAUUAGAUUAAGCCAUUGCUCUCUCUCUCUCUCUCUAUAUAUAUAUAUGAUCUUUAUGAGAUAAAAUACUAUGAUGAGGAAAAUGUGUGCAGUUUUCUUUUUAUAUUGUGCUAGUAAGUUGCAAGGUCUAUUGGGAAACUGUUGAGACUAUAUUUAAGAGAUUUAGCUAAUAAUGACUACACAAGAACCUGCUUUUAUGUCAGUUUAUUGAACAAAAUAUUUUACAAUGUCUUGGAUAUACAUAUGUACAAAUAUUACAUUCUGAUGAAACUUCAAUCUGAUUUUUGAUAACCAUCAUUCAAUGCACUUAAACGUGUUAAGAAAAUUUCAAAUACACUUCACCAGUCUCCAAAAAUCUGAGUAUAGAAAGCACAAAAAAUAAGAUUUUCACCUGGAAAGAUGUACGUAACCACAAGAAAACAUAUCCGUAAA